CCCCCGUCGCUCCCCUCGAGAGAAAGCUCCGGCGCGUGCCAUGUCCGGGCCGAGCGGCAGUCUCUCGCGGCCGGUCACCCCACUGCCGAGCGGCGACUCGCUGUCCGACAGCGAGGGCGCCGACUCGCUGAUGGCCUCGUCGGCCAGCGCCGAUGUCGUCCUGGCGGCCGGCUCGCCGCGGCUUGACGAUGGCCCGGUCCCGGGCCGUCGCCAGCGCGCCUCCUCCCUGCAGUCCCUCGAUCCGCCGGACCUGGAGCCCAUCUUCCCGCCCUCGCCCUCGUCUUCUUCGGCCUCCUCCGUGCACUCGAACUCCUCCGGGUCCGAGGGCAGCCCCAGCGGGUCGCCGGCGUCAUUGCCCGCCGGUUCCAACUCGCCCCCCGCCUCGCCCAGUUCCUCACGGCGCUUUGCCCGUCGGAUGAAGGGGACCAAGCUUUUCCGUCGCACGUCCAUCCCCGACCUUUCGGCGCCGGAGGAUCCCCCCACCGCCGGGGCCGGCGACGACUCCCACGCCUCCUCGCGCGAGUCGUCCCUCUCUUCGCUGACGGCCCCCGGAGCCACGCUCUUCUCGCGCGGGGCCCGAUCUGGCUCCUCGCUGUCCUUCGCUUCGUCCGUGUCAUCUGGGCACUCCUCGGCCACCGGUGGCGGGGGCGGCGGGGCCGGCAGCGGCCCCGGCAACAACCCCGCGGUCCCCGGCGGCCCGGCCACCGCGCACAGGCGCCCCAGCGCCGGGGGCCUGGCCUCCGGGCCCCUCGGCUCGGCCGGCGGCCCAGGCAGCCUGUCGCCCUCGCUCGGGGGGAGCACCCCGGGCCCGGCGCACAGCUACGCCCUGCGCCGGUCGCCCACCACGUCGGAGUUUGUGCGGCUGUCGCACUCGCGCGGCGUGGCCCGGCAGCGGCGCAUCCUCUGGACCCUGAUGGACGGGGUGAAGCCCUCGCCCGGGGCGGCGCAGCGCAUCGCCAUCUGCUCGGCCGUGGCCGCCCUGCCGCCGGGGUCGUCGUCCGGCUCCGGCGCCGGGGCGCAUCUGGGCUUCUCCGGCUCCGGGUCGGCCCUGCUGGCCGGCCCGUCGCCCGGGGCCUCGGCCGCCUCCAGUGCCGGCGCCUCACCGGCCCUUUCGUCUGCCUCCUCGCCCUCGUUGCAUGGGCCCGGCUCCGGGGUCGACCCCGGUGCCCCGCCCGCGGCCCCGGAGAAGCAAAAGUGGAACUGGCUCUUGCGCCGCGGCUCUGUUUCGCCGCUGCAGGCCACCGUGGCCCAGACCACGGCCGCCAUUCUGCCCGGGUCCUUGCCCGGGGACCGGCUGCUGUUGCAGCAGCGCCGGCAGCUCCUCCGGUCGCUGAAGCCCCCCACGCCCAAGGUGGCCGGGGUGCAGGUGUCGCCGACUCCGGUGACGGCUGCCACCUCCGGGCCGCCGCCCACCCUGGCCUCGGCCGCCAGCUCGCUGCUUUCGAGCCUGCGCAAGUCCCCGCCCAAGUCGACUGCCGAAUACAUCCACCUCCUGCGCCUGGCCAUCCUGGACCGGAAUGAGCAGCGCGCCAUCACGCUGGUCUUCCACCGCCUGCCCUCGAGUAGCGCCUUCUGGCGGGAGUUCCACACCCGGCGCCUGAGCCGCGACAUCGUGGUCCUGGCCAUCCUCAACCGGCUGGAGGUGCUGGCCAUGCUUCUGAUGAAGCGCUGUGCCGAGGGCGCCGGCGUGGUGGUGCCGACCACCUCGGCCCCUUCGGCCCCCUUCUCCAUUCCGGCCUCCUCCGGGACCAGCGGGUCGGACAAGGGCAGCCCUCCCGGCGCCACGGGCACCGGGUCCGGCGGGUCCACCGGUGCUGGCGCCGGCGCCGGCGCCGGCGCCGGCCAGUCGGGACCGGGCUCCGGGUCCUCCGGGGCCGGGGGCCCCGGGGUCGGGAGCUCGCUGCGCGUGGCCCCGGAGCUCAUCCAGACCACCGGCAAGCCGACGGAGGCCUCCUCGAUCCUGGCCCUGCGCAUUGCGGCCGCCUCGAUGACCGGCGACCCGGCCGCCGGGCAUGGGGGCAUCAUUUGCGCGGUCCCCGGCGCGUGUCCGGCGCUGCCGCCCCGGUCGCAGGGGUGCGCCUGCGAGCUGGGCGUCGGGGACUGGUGGACCCGGCCCAUUGUCACGGUGCGCUAUUCGCUGACCCGGUCGCCGGAGCAGCAGCUGGCCGCGUCCAAGCGCGCGGUUCUGGCGCAGCGGGCCGCGCGGGCGGCCGCGCGCUCCGCCGCCGCGGCGAAGAUCCUGGCCACGGCCAGCGCCGCCGGCACCAUGGCGCCCGGCUCGCCGGGGCUGCCCUCCUCGUCGCCCGGCAGUCCGGGCUGCCCGCCGCUGGUGCCGACGGUGCCGGCCCUGGCGGUCGUCAAGUCCCCGCGGUGCACCUGCCCGCCGGGGGCAGCUGACCGGGUCACCGGUGUCGGGACCGGCCCCGAGCCGGAGCCCGGGCCCGGGCCGGCUCUCAAUGACCCGGCGCACAAUCUCCGCCGGCGAACGGAGCGCCUGCCUCGGGGCAAGCGGUCGGCGGCGGCCGCGGCGGCCGUGGCCGCCGCCACCGCCGCGUCCACCGACGAGCAGCGCCCUGCCGGUGGUGGCCGGCAUGUGGCCGGCUGCCCGGCGGCCCUGGCGCCGGAGCCCCAAGCCCGGCGGCCGGCCCGGGCGCGCGGCCCUGGCGCCGCCCCGGCCUCGGGCUCUUCGAAGAAGCGCCCCUCGGCCGGCGGCCGGCGGCGCCCGCAGCAGCCCUCCCUGCCGCGAUCCUUCCAGGGCAUCAACCCGGUGGCGGUGAUGGCCUUCCCGUCGCAGCAUCGGCGUCGGCCGGUGCUGGCCGGGCCGCCGGCUCCGGGGACCGUGGCGUCGGCUUCCUCCGCGUCGGCCGGCGCCUCGGCGGCCUCGGUGGUGACGGUCCGCCAGCGGCGGAAUCUCCUCCGGCGCCGGUACACCCGGCGCUUCGCCAGCGGGGUGUACACCUUCUCCCGGCGCCAUUGCCAGGUGUACCCGCCGCAGCGGUCACGCAUCCAUGCGCUGGUGACGCCGCACUCGGUGGCCGGGCAGGCGCACCUCCUGUCGCCGCUGGGCCCCUGCGAGUGGCGCCAUGUGCAGGCUCCAUCGGUCUUGCUGCUGGCCAUCAGCCAGCGCAUGGACCGGCUGGUGUUCUCCAUGCUCAAUGGCGACUACGGCAUCGCCGGGGCCUUCGCCAGUGUGGCCCCGCCGGCGCUGCCCUCCUUCUCCUCGGCCCCGGACCGGUCGGGCGACUAUGCCAGCGCCUGGUAUGGCCUGACUCCCCUCAUGCUGGCGGUGGCCGUGGCCGGGCGCGAUGUCGAGCUCCAGGGCCCGGAUGCCAACAAGUCCGACCGCAUCGUGCGCAUGCUCCUGGCCGCCGGGGCCGAUCCCAUGUGUGGCAUCCCCUACACCCACUACCUGUCAAUGCGGUCGCUGGUUCCGCGGCCGCUGGCCGGGCAAUCGUUCGACAUCACCGAGCGGUCGUCCCCAGUACGCGCGCCCGGCCUGGAGGGCUCGGCCGCGGCCGGCCCCCCGCCGGCGUUGCGCGAUGCCCGGCCUGCCCCGGAGCGCCAGCUUCCGGACCGGCACUACUCGGCUUCGGCGCACCAGCCGGUCUUCGCCACAUCGCUGCUGGUGCGGCUGGCGUCGGUGCUGGACUCGGACGCCCGGCGCCCGGCGGCUCGGCGCUUCUUCGGCCUCAUCAGCGGGUCCACCCGGCGUGAUCGGCGCUUGUCCAUGUCCUCCACGCGGUCGCUCAUGCUGGACCCCCCGCCGGGGUCGAUCCUGAGCGUGCCGGCGGCGGCCAUGUCCGCUUCCGGGCCCGGGGCCGGGGCCGGGGCCGCGCGGUCCAAGGCCAGCCCGCUGGCUGCGCCUGGCGGCCUCCGCGCCCCGGCCAUCGCGGCCCCGGCCACCGCCUCGCACAGCUCCGUCUCCGACACGGACCCCGCCUCCGGCUAUGACUACGACUACGACUAUGACACCGACGACACGGAUUACGACACCGAUGAUGAUGACGAUGAGGAUGGCGGGGAUGUGGCCGGCCUGCCGGGCCGGCCGUCGGCCCUGGCCCCGCCGUCUCGGCCGGGUGUUCCCACGUCCACCACCUCCGCUGCCACCGCGGCAGCGGUGCUGGCGGCGCCGGCGCCAGUCGCCCCCUCGGAGGCCGCCGUGCCAGCCAUGGCACCGGGCGUGGUGGCUCCGGUGUCGGCUUCGGCCCCGGCCUCGGCCCCGGUGCCGGCCCCGGGCCCGAGUAUGGCCCAGGCGGCCCCGGCCCCGGCCCCGGCCCCGGCCCCGGCCCCGGCCGCGACCCCCCCGGUGGCUCCCCCGGGCGCUGGUAAGCCUCCCGGCCGGCGGCCCUCGCUGGCCAGCCGCGCCGGGCUCAACCAGGUGUUCGAGUCCAUGAAGCAGCGCUUCGGCCGGAACAUGGUCACCGAGUAUGGGUUUGAUUGGCUGAAUGCCGACGACCCGGCCGGCGGGCCCGCGGCCGCGGCCCCGCCUGCGACCACCAUCACGCCCAUCCCCCUGCCGGGUACCAUCCCCGAGGAGGAGCCCUGCCUCUCGGAGUCGGGCCUGUCGCAGGAGUCGGACCUGUCGCUGGUGGUGGCCACCGUGGUGGAGGCGGGGCCCCGGCCGCCCUCGCCCUCGCCCUCGCCCUCGCCCUCGCCGGCCCCGACCGUGGCCCCGGCGCCGGCGAUGGUGGCGGGGCCCACGCCAGGGCAGCGGCCGGGCCGCCCCUCGUCCGGGUCCUCGAGCGCCACCUCCAGUGGGUCCUCCUGCUCGAGCUACUCGGCCACCGACUCGUCGGCCUCGUAUUCCAGCGACUCGAGCGACUCCGAGUCGGAGGAUGCGCGCCAGCGGCCGGCGGCCGCCUCGCUGGCCCUGCAUCCCCGGCGGCCGGAGGCCCAUGCGCCGGCCGGGGCCGGCAAGUCCACGGUCGUGUCGGGCCGCCGGCCGGGCGGCUGCCAGUGCGCCUCCCUGCCGGCGGCCUUGGACCGGCAUCUGGCGCGCUUUGCCCGGGCCGCGUGCGACCUGCCGCCCCCGUGCCGGCGGCGCGGGUGCCACCGGUGCGGCGGCCGCCCGGGCAGCGUGCGCCCCGGCGGCCCGCUGGGCAUCGGCAUUGCGCGUGUUUGCGCGCGGCCCGCCUCCCUGGUGCCGACCUUCCGGCCGCCGUCGACGCAGUGGCGCCCGGCGCGGGGCCUGCGCCGGCCCUGCUCCGACCCGCUGACCCCGCUGCACCGGCGGCUGGUCUACCCGCUGGAUGUGGCCACUGCCUCGCGGUCCUCGGUCACCGGGGCCUACUCGCGCAGUGUCAUGGACGCCCUGAUUGCCAAGAUGUCGGCCGAGGAUGUGGCAGCCUGCUCGCUGGCGGUCCUGUCGCUGGCGGACCCGGUGCCGCCGGAGGGCGCCGUCGCGGGCACCCCGCCGCCGGGGGGGGCCCCCGCCUCGGUGACGGCCGGGCCCGGGGCGCCGGCCGACCCUGGCGCCGUGCCGCGCCUGACGGCCCCCUGCCUGGGGCUGGAGUCCCCGCCGCCGGCCGACCGGAUUGCCUCCUCCCUGCACCUGGUCCGCCUGUUGAAGUCCGGCGCGCAGCCCACCUUCCGGUCGACCCGCGGCAACACGCCCCUGCAUUUGGCCGUGCGCUCGGGCGAUGUGUGCAGUGUGUGGAUCCUCCUGCAGGCCUUUGCCGCGGUGGACCUGGUCCCCAGCGAGCCGCGGCUGGACCCCCUGACCCUGGACGAGCGCCUCCCCUCGGCCCAGCUGGCCUACUCCAAGGCCGCGCUCUUCGACGUGCCGGGUGAGAAUGGCUGGACCCCCCUGCACGAGGCCGUCUCGCUGCAGAAUCCGGCCCUGGUCCGGCUGUUGCUGCGAUUCGGCUCCAACCCCGACGUGGCCACGGCCGUCAUCCAAAGCCACGCGCCGCUGCCGGGAGAUGUGCAGGCCCGGCUGGCCGUGCGUGACAGUCUCCUGGCCUCCGGGGCCUUCGACUCGCUGCCGGCCAGCUUCACCGGGCUUUUCGCCGGGUGCGGCGGGGCCCGGCGCUGUGCCGGCGGCCUGGAGUGUGCCCUGCUCCGGGGCCGGGAGGGUGCGUCGCUCCGGGCGCCGGCGUGGGCCCGGCUCCUGGCCAGCCCGGCGCACUUGGCCAGCACCCGGAAUGCGCAUUACCCCCUGGCUCCGAGCUUCUCCGGGUACCGAGUGCUCGGGCUGGAUCCGAGCCCGGGCGAUGAUGCGGACACGUCGUCGCUCAACUUCCUGGCCACCGGGGACAGCCUGCCGGAGGGCAGCCUCACCGGGCCGGACGCCGCUUCCCUGCUCUUGGAGGUGGGCCUGUCGCCGCUGGCCGGGGGGGGGCCGGGCAGUGGCGGCGGCAGCCCCGCCUAUGGGCCCGGCCACCCGGGCGGCCCGCUGGCCGGGCCCGGCGACGCAUGCUCCGCCUCGUCGUCGUCGUCCUCCCCGCCGCCGGUGUUCACCACCAUCAGCAGUGGCAGCAGCUCGCGGCGCAUGAGCACCACCACCGGCUCCUCCUCCGGGGGGACCCCGGGCACCGGGUCCGAGGGGGCUUCUUCGCGCCCCCGGCGAGGCCUCCGCCGGCGCCUGGCCUCGGCCGUCCUGUCGGGCUUCUGUGCCCGGGCGUCGCCGCUGCACCUGGCCGCGGCGCUGCACCUGGAGGCCCGGCAUGUGGCCCUGGAGAUGGCCGAGGCCGAGGCCGAGGCCGAGGCGGCCACCGCGGCCCUGGGUGGCCGUCGGCCGCCGGCCGGGCCGCAGGCCGGCCACGAGGGGUCCGGUGCCGAGUACGCCGGGUCGGCCUUCUCGGCGCCCGCCUCGCCGGCCACGGCGCCGCCGGGCAGCGCGCCGGCCCCGGCCGGGCCCGGCCUCGACGGCCCGGAGUCCGCGAUCCCCCUGCGGCCGGGGCUCUUCGACACGCCGGAGGCCAAUGCCCUGCUGGCGGCGCGACUCAUUCACUUCAUGCUGGCGCAGGCGGCCGCCGCCCGGUCGAUCCCGGCGGCGGUGCUGCGCGUGGCCAAGAUGGCCGCGGCCGACCCCUCCGGCGGCGGGGCCGGCGGCAGCCGGCACUCGCUGACCCUCACCCGGCUGUCCAUGUGCUCGGAUGAGUAUUCCAUCCCCCUGUCCGGGGCGCCGGAUGGGGUGACGGCGGCGGCGGCGGCCGCGGCGGCGGCCAGCCUGCGCGCCGGGUCUGCCCUCCCUCCCGGGGCCGGGCACCUGACCCUGCCCCCGGGCCAGCCGCAGCCGCAGCCGCAGCCGCAGCAGCUGCUGCACCAGGGGUCGGACUUCCAGAGCGCGCGGGCGGCUCUGCUCCGGCCGCGCGGGCCCGGCGGCGACAUCCCCACGUCGCCGACCGCGCCGACCCCCCCGGCUCCCCCGGCGCCCGGGGCCUUCCCCGGGCCGGAUGUCUCGGACGCCCUGCUGCACGCGGCCCUGGCCCAGCUGGAUGCCAAUCUGGAUCAGUUCUUCGGCCACAUCGUGGCCCCCAUGCUGAAGGUCAGUGCCCCGGCGCAGCUUUCCUCGCCGGUGCUCAGCCCCUCGGGCCCGAACCCCGGGGUCUUCGGCGGGUCGUCCGGGGCGGUGGGCCCGCUUGGCGGCUCCGGCCUGCUGGCCGUGUCCUCCUCCUCUUCCUCGUCCUCCACCUCGCCCUCCUCCUCGCCGUCGAUUGUCAACUUCCGCAAGCCCUCCUCCGGCGGCCUGGGCGGCGGCGGCGGCGGCGGCGGCGCCUCGCGCCGCAAGUCCUAA